AUGGCCGGCGACAGGAUCGACGCGCACUCGCUCGCCCCGGUUGGCACCUUUCUCGGCAUCGCGUGCAUCACCACGAGCCUGCGCGUCUACUGGCGGCUGCGGCCAGUCCGGCGUAUCGGCGCCGAUGACUUGACGCUUCUCCUUGCCUUGAUCCUUACCAUUGCCUGGUAUGGGGUUGACGUCGCCAUGUACCACUAUGGCCGCGGCAUCGAGGGCUUCUCCCCGGACCCCUGGACCAUGGGCCCACUCGUGGUCGCCGACGGAGUGCUCUGGGUCUGGGCGCUCAACGUCAUCCGCAUCUCGGUCGCCUUGCUGCUGCUCCGGCUUAAGGACUCGUUGCCGUGGAGGCUGGCGCUGUGGGUCGUCAUCAGCGUCCAGGUGUGCAUGCUGAUCGUGGGCACAACCAUGCACCUUGUGAUGUGCCAGCCCAUCUCGGCGAGGUGGGCACCCACGCCUACCGCCCGAUGUAUCUAUACGCCGUACUUUAUGACCUACGGCUAUAUCUACAGCGGCUUCACGAUCGCGUCUGAUCUUGUCCUCUCGCUGCUACCCGUCACCUUCAUCCGGACCCUCCACCGUCCCAGGCUGGAAAAGGUCCUCAUCGGCUGCCUCAUGACUGCCGGCAUGGCCGCCACAGGCGUCGCCGUCGCCCGCCUGUUUCUCAUCAUGGGUUACCUGGGCAAAGGGAGCACGGCCCUGAUCAACGUCCAACAGGACAUACUCUGGGGCAUGGAGCUGACCAUCGGCGCGCCCGUCCACCGCCUGAUGCAGUCCUGGGGCUUGCUGCGCUCCACGUCCGAGCUCAGCGACUCGUCGUCCGAAAGCUUCCGCAACCGCCUCCCCAACGGGUCGCAUAUCACGCGCCAGAUGAGGGAGUGGAGUUCGAUGGUGCAUGAGCUGGCGCCUCAGAGUCGGGAAGGAUUGGGGACGGUCGGGCCAGCAAAGCUGGGCGCGGCGGCGCCGACUGGGUUUUGCAGGCGUGUAUAG